CUCUCUUGAAAUCAUAUUUUCACUUUUCAUAAUUUCUACAAACAUAAAUACAAAAAUAAUUUGUUAUAAUUUCAGAAAUCAGAAUUGAGAAGAGCUUUAUUGCCUAUAAAAUACCAUUAUUUGCUUUUAACAACAAUGACGUCUGAUGAAUCCGAUGAUGAGCCGCUAUCUUCCUUAGCGGAAGCAAAGAGAGCGAACCCCAAAUUAUAUGUUGUUCAAAAAAAAAAGAAGACUAAGAAGAUACUAUCGAAAAAAUUAAUAAUUCCUACUUUGAAACCACAGCUUACUAUUACAUUGAAAAGUGUUCCAAAACCUUUAGUUCAAACAGUAGUGAAACGACCAGGCGAUGUAUGGUUGUAUUUAAAGGAUUUAAAUGGUUCUGGCCCUUACAGUUGCUUGUUAUGUCCAGAUUGGUUUACUAAUAGACCAAAAAUAAUUAUUCAUUACGUAUUAAAUCAUAAAAAGGACUUUUGUGGGAUUUGCAGGUAUUUUGUACCUGACAGAGAUGCAUGGAUUGAUCAUAUUAAGUUCCACACUCCCUGGCCCUGUUCACAAUGUGUAGAAACAUUCCCAACAGAGGAGCUAUCAAGAAAUCAUUUGAGAAAUGUACAUAACCUUGUGCACUGCCGUCUGUGUCACUUCAGAUUAUCAACCAGUGAAAAUUAUGACAGCCACCUUUACCAAAAACACAAUGUAACUAAUGUUGCAUGCAUAUAUGGAGAUCUUUGGGAUACAAGUGUCUACAAUAAGUUUCUAUGCCUUCUAUGCAUGAAACCAGAUAAUAUCUCAACUACACUUGUCAGUCACUUUAUGGGCUAUCAUCAUCUUACAUUGAAAUGCUUGGCAAAUCUUGUAUCAGGUAAAGACCCACCAUUUACUGUAAAAGGUGUUGAUGUAAGCCUUCAAUUUAUUGAAACAGAAUUGAAAGGACAAACAAAAUGGGGUUAUGUUGAUAUUGAUAACCCAGUGAUAAAUGCACCAGACAAUAAUUUUGCAGACUAUGUCCUUGGUAGCCAGCAAAACCAGGCAACUGUAGAGGUAAAACAGGAAGUUUUAAGUGAUAGUGAAGAAGGAAAAUUAGAUAGUGAAACUAAUGCAAUAAAUGCUGCGGCUAAGUCUGAUAAUGAGGAUGUUAACCAGAAUGAUAGAGUGAAUGAUGAAAGAAUUGAUUACGCCGGCAUUGAAGACUUUGAUAUUACUUUAACAGAAAUCAUUCUGCUUGAAGAGUGCUUCUAUGACUACAUUGAUCAAACAUUGAAUAAUCUAAAUAAUGAAGUUAUUCCAGAUCACUCUUUCAUUAAUUACCAAAUGCUACAGACAAAUUUUGCCGAAGUAUGUUCUUUAUGUCCAGCAAGGUUUGAGGAUGGUCCAUCAUUUGCAAUACAUAUGAAUAAAGCACAUUCUGUGAAGCUACUUUCGUCAUUUUCAUGCAGAGUUUGUUCAACAAAUUUUGACUCUCCAAAUGAAUUAGUAAAUCAUAUAAAUGAAGAGUUGGGUGACUUUGAAGACCUAUGGAUAUGUCAGUUUUGUGAUAAAGAAUUUGAUAAUAGAGAGAAAACUCGGAACCAUCUUACUGAGCAUUGGAAUGACUUGGAACUUGGAAACUGUUUUAGUCCACAUUUGGGAUUCAAAUGUAAAUUCUGUCCGAUGCUGUUUUGGAAUGAACCUGAUAGAGAAUUACAUCAGUUAGAUUUACAUUUUCCUGUAUUCAAAGACCAGUUUUAUAGAUGUAUAGAAUGUGAACAAACAUUUGGAGAUAAGAUUUGGUUUGUGCAUCACUUUAUACAGAAGCACAAUCAAAUAUCAACACCAUAUCUCCUCAAAUGCUGUAUAUGUUGCAAUGUGCUCACAAACAUGGACGACAUGCGAAAACAUUUCUCAGAGCACCAUCCGGAAGCCAGAAAGUUAUUCUGUUCACUUGAAACUUGUGUGUACAAGCCGUUGAGUAGCCGGAAAUCCUUUAAGAUUCAUCUUAAGGCCAUACAUGGCCCAACCGCUCGGAAGGGUGGCAUACCAGAGAAGUGCCAUCUAUGUGGCCGAAUGUUUGCGACAGCUAGAGCUUGCAGCACUCAUAUUACCCAACAGCAUGGCACUACAGGCAAAUUCAAGUGCAAACUGUGUAAUGAAUUAUUACAGACUAUGGAUGAACGUAAGCUCCAUUACCUCCUGCGACACCCCGGCCGGCAUCCGUUCGAGUGCACCGAGUGCGGAAAGUCGUUCCAGUACAAGUCCUCCCUCUACAUGCACAAGCAGAACCACCAGCCCAACAAACAAGGCUUCACCUGCAGCUACUGCGGGAAAGUGUUCACGAAAAAAGACUCAUACCGCGAGCAUAUCCAGAUCCACGAAGGGCCACGCCAUGCAUGUUCGUACUGCCCCAUGCGGUUCGUGCAGCGCUCCAACAUGCUGCGACACGAGCGCCGCCACACGGGCGAACGGCCUUACCAGUGUCCGCACUGCGAGAAGACCUUCGCGGACAAGGGAGCGUGUACAGCGCACACUAGAACCCACUCGAGGGACACGUCGUUCGCGUGUAUUUACUGCGGUCAAACGUUCGUGCAGAAAUCAAAACUCACUUACCAUAUACGAAAGCAUACUGGGGAAAAUCUGGAAACGUGUACGAUCUGCUCCAAGCUGUUCACGAGUGCGUGCUCCUUGAGGGAGCACAUGAAGACACACGUGGCCAAGGAGGAGAAUGUCAAGUGUCCACUCUGUGAUAAAAAAUAUCCCGACGAGCGAUACAUGCUGCGUCACCUGCGCGUGUCUCACACCAACACUCAGUACACGUGCCCGAUCUGCAAGAAGGUGAUCUCCUCCACCAGCGGGCUGCGACACCAUGUAAUGACGCACAGCGAUACUGGCAUGUUCCAGUGUAAAUGCUGUCCAAAAUCGUACGCUGUCAGAAGGACCAUGCUGAGACACUUACGGAAGCGACACAACUUGACCCAUGAGGGUAUCAAACUGAAGGAUUACUACAAGCGACUCGACCCUCGUGAGUGCAACCUCAACUUAGAUGAAGAAACGAUGAACAGCAUAUUUGGUCCACCGAAGAGACAGGCCACAGAGGUGCUCGUUGGUGAUUUUGUCACUUUCACCAAGUCACUCAAGUUUGCUGAAAAUCUGCAGACCGAAGACACGGAUGAUGAUGAUGAAGAAGAAGAAGGUUCUGAUGCGGAAACGAAUGAGCAGGCUAUAGAGGAGCCGGAACAGAAUGAGUAUGAGUUGGAGCCCACGGAUUUUGUCAGUAUCAAGAUUGAAACAGUGGAAGAGGAAAAUUUUGAGUCGCAGUGAAUCUUUGACAUAAGAAUAGAGUAAAAUAAGCGAUUAGUGAAAUAUUAUUUUAAGAAAAUUUAUUAAUUUAAAUAUUCUAUGAUGAUGUCUACAUAAUUAAUUUUAGUUUUAGCAUUAAGUCAAACAAUUUCUGGAAAAUUGAAAUAUUUGAAAAUAGUUGUGGUAUAUUUGUCGAAGUGAACGAUUGCUGGUCCAUGCAUCAACUUGUGAAUGGGUGCUGCUUGUGGUGCCAGGUCGACCUGUUAUAGUUAAUAAAUCGUUGUAUUUGGUGGAUGCAAUUACUAAUUGUGACAGUAAUCACGACUAUCAUGUUCGCAAAGAAUCCUUACACAAACAAUGAAUUCAAGCUCUAAAUGUUGAUGCAUCCAAUAAACGAUAAUCUAUAUUUAUACAGUUGAUUACUUUUUAUGAAAUAAUUUAUAUUAUUUAUACACGAUUCAUAUAUUGCAUGCAGCACCUUACUACAGCCAUUGUAAAAUACCCUAUUUGAUUGAAAAGAGUGACUGUAUAUUUAUUUAUUUAUUAAAUUCCGCCAACAAGGUAUACACUUAUACAAACACAGAAUAAUACAAAAACAUAACAUUGAUAUGGUAAGUGAUGCCUCAAUUAUAGGCGAAAAUGACAUGCUAUUCAAUUAAAUUAAGCCACAAAAUAAAAUAAGAACUAUAAUAUAUAUCUACGAAUAUGUCUUAAUAUAAAUUUACACAAAAUAUUAUCGAAAAAUACCGAUUGAGGUCAUCCCUCCCUUGAAAGAACCGUUUUAUUAUAUUUUUUAAAUUUAUGUAAGUUGUGAUCAAAUAUGUCGACUGUUGAGUUUCUUGUACGUUCUUCUCACGAGCUCAACUUCUUCCGAACAUAUGGUGAGUUCAGUAAUUUGCAAAAAGUAUUUGUAGUGACGAAUUAAAAGCGCUCUGUUUAAGCCUACUUGAAUUAAGUUUAUUUGACUUUGACUUUUCGAACCAAAAGGAUGUUGAUAAAUGUGAGUUUUCAGUCGAGUCUUUUCUGCUUGCUUGCUGCUGUUAUGAACUAUGACGUCAUUGUACUCAUAGAAAGUUUUUUAUACCACAUCAUGGAGGAACUUCGAGACAAAAAAUUCUGUUAAAACUUAAUCUUUUUUACUCUCUAAUUACUUUUGCUUAUUUCAAGAUUAGGUAAGAUUUUUGCUGAUAAUAAAUGCUCGAAUAUUCUACUAAUGUUGUGUUUAUUAGUAAUAUUGAUAUAAAUAUAAUAUUUAAUUGUAGUAGAUAUACUAAGUCUCUUAUAAUGUUAUAAAUUAGUCAGAAUAUUAUGACACAGCAUGAUAUCAAAUAUAUAUAUGUCGGAGGAAGCUUUGAUUCGGGUUGAUUGUUGUUUCCAUGGAAACAGGAAAAUUAGGAAUAUUGUAAUUUGCGUAACGACCAAUCAGAGCAGAGCACGAGCCUCGAGCGGGGUCAAGGCGCCAUCUUGACUUGGGCGAGGCCGACAUUUUGAGGAGACAUUCAAGUAAUAGCGACUGAUCGAGUUGGAUCGUUGAAAGUGUAUUAGUCGGUUAAAGUAAGAAGGGUGCCCUGAAUACGCUGCUCGGUCUGUUAAUUAUUGUGAAGUGACAAUAUAUUGUUUAAAUUUAAAUGAAAAUAGUGUAAAACUAUGAUCAUCGUGUUUUGUGCUUGCAUUUUACGCCCACUAAGUCCGCAACCAUUAAUGACGGUGUCAACGAGAACAAUGCUUCUCCGGCAUAUAUAUGUCGGAGAAGUAUUGUUCCCGUUCUCUGUUUCCAUGGAAACAACAAUCAACCCGACUCAUAGCUUCCUCCGACAUAUAUAUGAUUCUUCUUCUUCUUCGUCGGAUUACUCUUGACAGAGCAGUCGUGGUCACGUCGAACGACGAACGAUUCUACGCCAGUUAUCCCUAGUUGUUGCUUCUCUGGCACAUGUGUUGAGGGGAGUAUUGGUUAAGGCUUUGAUCUGGUCUGUCCAGCGCAUAGGGAGCGUCCUCUUGACCUACUGCCGUUGACCCUUCCCUUUGAUAUAUAUGAUGCAUCCUUACAAAAUACCCCACUAUGUAAGGAUAUAUCAUGCAUGGAAAUUAAUUGAAAUAUCGGCUGACAUAUAUCCCUAAAUACAAUACAUGUAAGAAUCGUGUUAUUUACUUUUAAAUUGCAAUAUAACUUUAAAAUGAU